UUACCUUUUCCUCUAAACAAUCUUAAUUUUUUUUCUUCUUCUUGUUACGUUGUUGAGAAAAAGGAGACGAAGCGAAGCGGAAGCGAUCAAUCUCUCUACUUACUCUGAUUCGCCCCGGAGAGAGAAGAGCCAUGAAAACCUCUCUCCGACGCUUGCGAGGCGUGCUUCACAAACACGAAUCUAAGGAUCGGAGAGAUCUUCGAUUUCUCGUUCAGAAGGACGAGCUCGCCCAGGCUUCGCAGGAGGUUGAAGAGAUGAGAGAUUGCUAUGAUAGCUUGCUCUCUGCUGCGGCUGCUACUGCUAAUAGCGCUUAUGAAUUUUCUGAAUCUUUGCGAGAACUUGGUGCUUGUCUUCUUGAGAAAACUGCACUUAAUGAUGAUGAAGAGAGUGGUAGAGUGUUGCUUAUGCUUGGAAAAUUGCAGUUUGAACUGCAAAAACUUGUUGAUAAAUAUCGGUCUCAUAUAUUCCAAACAAUCACAGUCCCCUCAGAGUCACUUCUUAAUGAACUCCGCAUAGUUGAGGAAAUGAUGCGGCUUUGCGAUGAGAAAAGGGAUGUUUAUGAAGGCAUGCUUACAAGGCAGAAAGAGAAAGGGAGGUCCAAGGGUGGGAAAGGAGAAACUUUUUCGGCGCAGCAACUACAACAAGCUCACGAGGAAUACGAUAACGAGACAACUUUGUUUGUGUUCCGCUUAAAAUCUCUGAAACAAGGGCAAACACGUAGUCUUUUGACUCAGGCAGCACGGCACCAUGCAGCGCAGUUAUGCUUCUUCAAGAAGGCUCUUGAUUCCCUUGAAGAAGUAGAGCCACAUGUAAAGAUGGUAACCGAGUCGCAGCAUAUCGAUUACCAUUUCAGCGGAUUGGAAGAUGAUGAUGAAAACAACGACGAAGAUGAUUCUGAGGUGAAUGAUGAUGGAGAAUUGAGUUUUGAAUAUAGAGUGAAUGACAAGGACCAAAAUGCAGAUUCUUCACCUAGUGUCUCCUCACAGUUGGGUCAAUCAGACAUCACAUUUCCACUAGUUCCAGGAGUAAAAACUGGGCAGGAAAAUGUGGAAGCAAGCUACGGGAGAUCUCGUUCUUAUAGGAGAGAUGUUAGGAUAGAGAGCCAGUCAGCACCCCUUUUUCCUGAGAACCGGACAACUCCUCCUUCAGAGAAGCUUUUACGGAUGCGAUCAUCUCUGACACGAAAAUUCAGCACUUAUGCAUUGCCAACACCUGUGGAAUCAGCUAAAAGUCCCUCAUCUAUUACGCGUCUAGGUAACACCAACCACAUGACUUCAUCUAAUCCUGCAAAGGCAAUAACAAAAAACAUUUGGCAUUCAUCCCCGCUGGAAACUCGUGGACCCUCAAAGGUUUCUUCCAGACCUAUGACAGCCUUGAAAGAACAAGUUCUGAGAGAGAGUAACAAGAACACAUCUUCUCGGUUGCCUCGGCCUUCGACAGAUGGACUCUUGUACUCUCGUAUCGGGUCACUCAAGAGACGAUCCUUUUCUGGUCCAAUUACAAGUAAACCAUUGCCUAACAAGCCUCUCUCUUCAACGCCUGGUUUAUACUCGGGUCCAAUCCCAAGAAGUCCAGUCUCCAAGUUACCGAAAGUGUUGACAUCGUCUCCAACUGCUUCCCCUACAUUUGUCUCAACCCCGAAAAUAAGUGAGCUCCAUGUGCUUCCUAGACCACCACCACCACCACCAAGCAGCUCUGCUAAGUCUUCGAGGGCAUUUGGAUAUUCAGCACCUCUGGUUUCGAAGAGCCAAUUGCUUAGUAAACCUCUUAUUUCAACUCCACCAUCUCCUCUCCCAAUACCACCUGCAAUCACUCGUAGCUGCUCUAUACCUACUGGCAACCUUAGAGGAACAGAGUUAGAUAUGUCUAAGACGAGUCUGGGUGCUAAUAAGUUAAGCACUGCCUCCCCUCCUUUAACCCCAAUGUCAUUGGUCCAUCCACCUCCAUCUGCUAUUACCGAGCAUGCAGAGCACCCAACCAUGUCCAAACAAGAGAGGAGGACUUGAAGGUGUAAGUUGUUUGUAGCUCUGCCUAAAAGCUUGUAGGAGGAGGAAGACAUUCCCUCUAGUUGCAGAUAUGUAAAUAUCUCUCCUGUUUUGUUCUGACAAUGCUGAAGAAAAAAAGAAAGAGAGCCAAACAGUGACAAGGAAUUGCCAAGUAAUUUUUUUGUUUUUUAUAAUCAUUCAGUGGUUUAUAACAACAUUACGAUUAUUUAUUGGAGUCAUUUAUAACAAUGAAAAACUACGAAUUUUCAAAUAAGUAUAAUUGUUGAAUUA